AUGAUUGACAGGUAUGUAAAAUUUAAACCUGAGUACCUAAGAGUUUUCAUGCAUAAACAUGUGAUUACAUUGAAAAAUGAAAAAGAACAGUAACAUGACUUUGUGCCAGUCUCACAAGAGCAAAUAAUUGAACAGGGUUAUGUGGAAAUAAGGAGCAUUGCAUUAAGUUCAGAGUCCCACAAUUUACUAAUUACACUCUUCUUGUCAUUUGCUUUUGCACAUUAUAGAAGCACAUCAUUGUUUAUUUCAGUCAGUUUUAUAACCAACAAAAACUGCCAACAGGAGCAGCUUUGAUAACGUUCUGUGUUGUGAAUCAGGAUAAACCAACAAAUUCACCUGUGAUACAAAAACGGCAAAUACUUUGUAGUACACACUGAUCCAUUGUUCCUAUUAUUGGAAUAUAUUUUGGGAACAAAGCACAGUAAGGAAAUGGUAUCACAUUCUCUGUAAUUAGGUCAAACCAAGGUUUGACUUCCUCUUUUAAAAAAAGAGCUGGAUUGAAUUUCAGACCCCAUGUAAUCCAACUAUUCAUAAUCCUCUGAAAUGAAGCGAUUCCAAGUUGUUUUGGAUUAUAUGUUGAGAGUACAGUUUACAAAGAUGAUAAUGGAUUCAUAUGGUUCUUUUCACAGGUUUUCACUCCUCUGGCUGAUGAGUCUACUAGCAGGGCUGGAAUACUGCUGUGCAGGUAUCUUCUGUUUGGUUGACCGAAUUUUUUUCAUUUUUUGGUUUUGUUUUGGAAAAGCUUAUUAAAUUCAGUGUUUCCCAUAUUAUUGCUAUAACACUGACACAUCCUGAAGGGCUGUGUUUACAUUAUUGUGUACUUAAGUCACAUUUCCACACCUCAAAAUUUACAGUACACAAGAUCUGCCUUCUUAUAAUACUGCUCUUCCAUAAACCUUUUUGUUUGUAAAUGACCUUAGCUUAAAUUAUUUACAAAUGAACACAGGGAAAGGGGUAGCAGAAAAUGAAUAAUAAAAAGUCAGUAUAAAAUGGAAAAAGGCAAGAUAAAAGCAAAAACUGUCAUUAUAACCUCCUUUGUAGUCCUGACGGAUCAAACAAAGUACGGCCUUAUAGGUUUAACAUAUUCAGUUGACCCAGUUUUAUGUCAGUGUUUGUUUUUUCUCUGCAGUUGCUGAUCUGAAGGACUGUGAGGCUGCAGGCAGCAAGUGCCACCCUCAGGCAGAGUGUCUGAAGGUCAACAGCAACUUCACCUGUGCCUGCCGUAUGGGCUACCAGGGCAACGGUCUACUCUGCAGUGACAUCGAUGAAUGUCUCAGUGGUCUGCACAGUUGUCACCCAAAGGCCCGCUGCAACAACACCCUGGGCAGCUACAGCUGUGACUGUAUUGACGGAUAUGUUGGAGAUGGCGCCAACUGUCAGGACAUUGAUGAGUGCCAAAACAAAAAUGGAGGUUGCCAUGGCAAUGCCCUGUGUACAAACACCGAGGGUGGACGGCAGUGUAAGUGUAAAAGUGGCUUCAGGGGCAAUGGCUUCCAGUGCAGUGAUAUUAAUGAAUGUGCUAGCCAAAGGACAUGCCAUUGGAAUGCUACUUGCACCAACAACCCUGGAUCUUACAUGUGCACCUGUAAUGCUGGAUACAAAGGCAAUGGAAACUACUUGUGUCUGGACGUAGAUGAAUGCUCAGAGACUCCACAGGUGUGCUCUUCCUCAUUAGGCUACAAAGGAUGCAAAAAUCUACCUGGCAGUUAUCGCUGCACAUGCAGCAGUGGCUAUGAAAGUAAUGGACGGAGCUGUGUGGACAUUGAUGAAUGUGCCAACAAUAUCUGUAGUCUGUAUGCAGACUGUGUAAACACCAUGGGGUCAUACCGGUGUGCCUGCACUAAUGGAUUUGUAGGAAAUGGAUUGACAUGUGCAGAUAUUAAUGAAUGCAGUGAAGACAAUCAGUGUGACCGUAAUUCUGUUUGCAUAAACCGGCUAGGGAGUUAUGAGUGCUCUUGUCUGGGAGGGUUUGUAGGCGAUGGUCGACUGUGUAAAGAUAUCAAUGAAUGUGACACACCAAACAUUUGCCCUUCUGCCACAACUUGCGUCAACACUGCUGGAUCAUAUUUCUGCGAUUGUGGAAGUGGCUUCAUUUUCAAUAACUCAAAAUGUCAAGAUCUGGAUGAGUGUAUGGCAGGCCGCUGCAGCCCUUAUGCUGAAUGCACAAAUUCACCUGGCGCCUUCUCUUGUCAGUGUGCAGCUGGGUACCGGGGAGAUGGCUUCACCUGUGAGGAUGUGGACGAGUGCUCACUAGCUAAGCAGUGCCACAUCAAUGCCCUGUGUACUAACCUCCCUGGCUCCUAUAACUGCACCUGCAGGGUAGGUUAUUCUGGAGAUGGGGUGAUCCAAUGCAGUGAUGUGAACGAGUGCCUGGUAAACAACGGGGGCUGCAGAAACAGAGCUACAUGUCUAAACAACCAAGGUUCCUUUUCCUGCUUGUGUGAGUCGGGCUUCAUCUUGAUAAACAAAACUCUUUGCCAGGAUGUAAAUGAGUGUGAGGAACUGGACAACCCCUGUGGAGUGAAUGAAGAGUGUAAGAAUGUCGAUGGAUCAUACCAGUGCCCCUGCCAAGUUGGUUACUUCCGCCCUGCCAGCAACAUGGACUGUGUUGAUAUGGACGAGUGUAAGGACAACCCUUGUCAUGUCAAUGCAACAUGUCUCAAUACCAUCGGGUCACACAUUUGCACCUGUAAGCGAGGCUUUUUAGCAAACGGCACCCAGUGUGAAGAUAUCGAUGAGUGUUCUGCAGAGGGUACAUGCCAUCCACGAGCUCUGUGCACCAACUUCAUAGGGGAUUUCUUUUGCUCCUGUCAGCAGGGUUUUAACGGUGAUGGUUUCUCCUGUAAGGAUGUGGAUGAGUGUGCCCUCUCUGAUACUAUUUGCCCAGGCUUCUCAAAGUGUAUCAACUCCCCAGGUGCUUAUGUCUGCUCAUGUUUGAAUGGUACUGUGGCCUUCAAUGAUGCCUGUGAGGAACCCAGUCCAUUGUGUGACCCUGCUUGCCACAAUCGUGGUCUGUGCCACCAGUCACCUGCUGGAUACCAGUGUGCUUGCGACCUUGGCUACAUUGGGGAUGGGAUUACUUGCUCUGAUAUAGAUGAGUGCCAGAGGGAAAAUAUUUGUCCUGAAAAUGAAACUGAGUGUGUUAAUAUUCCAGGAUCAUUUUCCUGCGUGUGCAAAAAAGGCUACGCUCUCAAUGGAACAAAAUGUUUUGGUAAGACAAAGUUCCUUUAUCCUCACUUUCACAGACAUUUGAUCAAAGGAAGUUAAACUCUUUCCAAACUCUGUUACCCUGCUCACAUCUGUGCCAAUGAGUGUACGGUGGGAAACUGGACUAAGAUUUUGAUAUCAAAAGUGAAGCCAGUGUAGAUGUAUAAAUCAUUGACACAUCAUUUACUGAUAGGAAACCUUUACAGAUUCAUAAAUUCAUUUAUGUGGCGGUUUGUCACUGGGUUUGUGAUUUAUUUUCAUGGUAAAAUUAUUCACCCUGAAGUAGGGCAACACUACAUGACAUAUUUGAGACAGAUUUUACAAAAAGCAGAACUUACCAGUGUACCCUCUUAGCUGCCAAGGACCAUAGUCUGCUCUGUAUGAUACUAUGCAGUAUGAUAGUAUACGAUUAAUUUAUUAUACAAAAACAUGUUGAGGUUGACAGGCUUUAAUCCAGGAUUAUUUGCUGUACAUAGAUGCAUACAAUUUAAGAAAUGUGGAGUUACACUUUCUGCACGAUCCUCUCAGUGUAGAUGUCAUCCUGGAUUAAAUUCAAGAGAUCAACCCAGCCAUAACUGUAAGCAGCCAUAACAAUUUAGCCAUUGUACACAGUAGAUCAAGCAGCUUAUUAGCACUUGAAGUCACAGACACAAAAACAGCCCACUCUGAGCAGAACUGACACAGAAGGGUUCAUAGGCAUGCCAAUGCAAACACAUAUUAAAGAGAAUCACCAUGUUUCUCACUUGAUUUAACGCACAAAGAUAAUGUUUUUAAUAAGUUUAUGGUCUCAAUUAUAUGACAGAGUAUUAGGGACACAUUAAGAAAAAAGAAGACUUCGAGAUCAAAGUCGUUAAGUUACGAGAAUAAUGUCAUUACUAACGACAAUUAAGUCGUAAUAAAAUCAGUAUGAUACUUGUGUGGUGCUGAUGUGCCAAAAGAUUAAGUAUCUCCUUGUUUGAGAAACCUAUAUCAAAGUACAUUUUCAUGAAAUGCUCCAUGGCUCUCAUUUUAACAACUGCCACCUUAACAACAGGUUAGAAUACAGGGACUUUAUUCUGACUUUAUUCUCGUAAGAAAUUACUUUAUUACGACUUUAUUCUUGUAACAAUUUUUAUUUUGACUUUAUUCUUGUAAGUAAUUUAUUACGACUUUAUUCUCGUAAGUUUACGACUUAAAUCUCAAAGUCUUAAUUUUUUUUCCCCUUAAUGUGGCCCUAAUACUCUGUCAUACAAUUGAAAGUUCUGAGUCUCAGUAUUUAUAGCAAGAUGUUAAGUUUAUAAGUUUUCAUCCACUCAGAGUCAACUUGAUUAUUGAAGUUUUAUGUUUCAGGAAAGAGCUCCUCUCAAUAAGUUACAACCACAGUUAUCUAUCAACCAAACUGCAGGCAAAGUAAAACGUAUAUAACCCUUUUAUAUAAUUAUGGUUAGCACUGGCUCCAACAGAAGGAGAUUGAAAAUGGUUAUGCACAGGACUGUUUUAAUGGAUCAUGUCAUGGUGGCUCUCUCAGUCUUUGAUCUCUGGGAUUUAAAUGAAACAGUCAUGAACAUGACGUAAAGAAUAACUUAAAACCUAGAGUCAAUGUUUGAUAAAUACACAUUUAUUAUCCAUGACCACAAAUGGUGCAGCCAUAGACACUGAGUGACUGUGUACUGGCCCUCUCCACAAAGUGUUUAGCUACUUCUUAUAUGGCCACUUCAUGACCUCAAUCCACCCACUAAAUUCAGAUCUGAAAGUGGGUUAGUGUUUGUCAAAGUCCAUUUAUUUAGGUAUCUCUGGUGAUCUUUGGUGGCCAAUUCCUUGAGUAGCUUGAUAAAUUAUUGUACUCUGCUUGACUUCCCAUUACCAAACCACGUAGUCUUUGUCUACAUAUUUGUUAAACUUGGCUUAAGUAAAAAAUGGAAACCCGAAACCCUGAGAAGGAUCUUUUCCAGAUGUGUUGAACCUAAACUGAUCCAUGUUUCUCUGUUUGUCCUAACCUCCCUGCACAUUUGUCCAAACUCUCUCUAGAUGUAAACGAGUGUGAGGCGGGGCAGCAGGAAUGCAGUGAUUUCGCCCAGUGUGUCAACACAGUUGGCAGCCAUUCCUGUUUCUGUCUUAGUGGAUUUUCAGGGGAUGGAAAGGACUGCUCUGGUAUGUAUCACUUCAUCAUUAUAAACAUUUAUUCAUUUGCCUAUUUCUCCUUGAUAAGUGGACACUUCUUUUAGCUUACUUUUAGCACUAUUUAAGGGUGUCUUUUCCUGACACUGUCCCAUUUUGGAUAAAUUAUAGACAUUGAUGAGUGCCAAGUCCAAAAUGGAGGAUGUCAUCCUGCUGCCAUCUGCACUAACACACCUGGGUCUUUCUUCUGUGCCUGCCCACCUGGCAUGGAGGGCGAUGGUUUUGACUGCCAGGAUGUGAAUGAAUGCGAGCAGGACUCUUCCCUGCCGCACAACUGCAGCUCUCAGGCUUUGUGCCACAACACAAACGGGUCCUACACCUGUCAGUGCCUGGAUGGAUACAAGGGUGAUGGUUUUGUUUGUGCUGACGUGGAUGAAUGCCAGCUGUUGACAACGUGCAGCAGGAACAUGACCUGCAUUAACACCCCUGGUUCAUUUGCAUGUUCGUGUAUCUUAGACCUGGAGUAUGAAAAGGGUACAUGUGUCACUGAAGAAACUUGCCUAAAUGCAAGCAAAGUCUGCCACCCUGUUGCCAAGUGUCAGCCAUAUCAGGGCUCCUUCUACUGCCAGUGCAAAGAUGGUUAUGUGGGAAGUGGCACAGACUGCUUGGAUGUGGAUGAAUGUGACGCAUCAAAAGAUCAAGCGUGCCCCGCCUUCUCCCACUGCAUUAACACCAAUGGCUCCUACACCUGUGACUGCUGGGAAGGGUUUGAAGACAAUGGGACACAUUGUCAGGAUGUGGAUGAGUGUGUGACUGGAAACUUCACCUGCCCUGACAACAGUACCUGCACUAACACAGAGGGGAGCUAUGACUGCACUUGUGUUCAAGGCUUCUCGGGAAACAGAUCUCUGUGUUUGGAUAUAGAUGAGUGCUCUCUUGGCCUCAUCCAAUGUCCCAACUUCUCCAACUGUCAAAACAUGGCUGGAUCUUUCUUUUGUGAAUGUUGGAAAGGUUACCAAGGAAAUGACACAGUCUGUGAGGAUAUAAAUGAAUGUCUACAUAACUCUACUUGCCCUAAACAUAGCACUUGCAUCAACACAAACGGAAGCUUCUCAUGUGUUUGUGAUGCUGGGUUUUCCAGCGUUGAUGACAAGUGUGUAGAUGUUGAUGAAUGCAGUAACACAGGCUCUGAGGAUGUAUGCACCAACGGCACAUGUAUGAAUGCUAUCGGCUCAUAUUACUGUGAUUGUAACAAAGGAUUCAGGAGUAAUGGGACAGAGUGUGUGGAUGUAGACGAAUGCUCGGACUCCUUUAAUUCUUCUUUGUGUCAGCCCUAUUCUACAUGUGUCAACAUCCUUGGGUCCUACCGCUGUCCCUGUAAUGAAGGGUUUGUACUAAAUGGUACAGAGUGUCAGGAUGUGGAUGAGUGCCAUGACCCUAAUGGCUCCUCUUGCCCUGAGCACUCCUUAUGCAACAACACAGCAGGGUCCUUCUUCUGUUCAUGUUUACCUGGGUACAAGUCUGUUAACUCCAGCUGUGAGGAUGUCAAUGAAUGCAGUGACAACAACACCUGCCGUUUUGACCAGGUGUGCACCAACCUGCCAGGAACAUUUAACUGUGCCUGUUCGCUGGGGUAUCAUGAGGAAAACGAGGCAUGUGUCGACACCAAUGAAUGUGAGGCUUUACCAUGCCACCCCUUGGCACGAUGCUGGAACAUCCCUGGCUCCUUUUCUUGUCACUGCCCACUGGGAUUUGCAGGAAAUGGCUCCUGGUGCAAAGAUGUGGAUGAGUGUGUGGCCCUGACCAAACCUUGUCACCACCUUGCUCGCUGCCACAACACACCAGGGUCAUUUGUAUGUGUGUGUAACCCUGGCUAUAUGAGUAUUGGACAGUUGUGUGCAGAUAUUGAUGAGUGCCUGCAGGACAACGGGCAGUGCCACCCUGCUGCUGUCUGCUCCAACAGCGCUGGAGGUUUUGAGUGCUCCUGCAUGCAGGGCUGGAGUGCCACCAAAGACAGUGGUCAUAGAAAAGAAGGAUGCAUUGAUGUGGAUGAGUGUGCAUCACCCAAAACAUGUCCUGGACAAACAUCCUGCACCAACCUGCCAGGAACUUACAGCUGUUCCUGUCCCCAAACCAGCACAAUGUGCAGAAUGAUGAUUCAGAAUGGUUAGCUAAGUCUAUGUGAAUUCUAUAUUUAAACUCUUUUUAUUGAUCCAGUACAUACAUUUCUCCAACAUUGAAGUCACACAUAAAAUCUUAAAUCUGAAAUCAAAUAAGUUAGCUUUGGUAGAAAUUGAGCUAAGUCACUCAUUUUCUAAUGACGAUGACUAUCUUUAGACUAACUAUUGAUGUUUUCCUUUUAACAGAGAGCAACGUGUACCCAUUUGGAGCAGAGGUUGGCGAUGCAGCGGUACAGGUCGAUGCAGAAGAUGGAAAUUCCCCGUACAUCAAUCCACCAAUGGGUUUCCCCUUUUUGGGAAAACUGUACGACAGAGUUUAUGUGAGUUUCUCUGUUUAUUUAUCCAACUCUUACUCAUCUCUGUAGAGGCUACAUAACACUUUAUUGAUACAGAGAUUAUAAGCAUUUUGUUAAUUUUUGGAAAUUACUCAGCAAUUAUAAUAAGAAUAAUAACUUUAUUUAUAUAGCACUUUUAAAAACAAGAGUUUACAAAGUGUUUUAACAUGCAGGAAAACAAAGAAGAUAAAAACAACAAACAACAAGAGAAUGCUUGAGGGAAAUGUCACAUUACUGGCAAUAAAUGAAUAAAAUAAAAUAAAUUAGACCAUUAUUAUGUUUUUUAGCCAAAGUCACGUUACCUGUGUCAUUUUCAAGGCCUUUUCUUCUGCAAAGCUCCACUAGCUCAUUAGCAAUUCACCUCUGAGUCGUGCAAUUUCCCACUUAUUUUCUCAUGAUAUGUUCUGUAGCAUCAGAAAAUUUCCACAAGAAUAUGUAGACAAAAAGAGGAACACGAUUUUGAUCAUAGUGGGUCUUUACGUCUUCAAAUAAUUAAGCGAAGAAGAUAUUUUAUCUCGUCUGUCCGUGAUGUGUAGAUGCAGAAAGAGACUUAGUGACACUGACUUGCUUGUAAAAUAGAAAUUUAUUACUACACCAGUAUCAAACAAGCACCACGGACCAAUGAUGUCCUUCUCUCAGAUUUCAGUUUGUGCUCCUCUAACAGAGGGUUUUGAGGUGCAGGUCCUCCAUCUCCGUAUCUCUAAUUUACAUUCCUUUACUAUCUGGCUUUGAUGUGUGACCCGUAAAGCACCAAACAGAGAUAUUUGAUCCAUGAUCCAUUAAGGACACACAACAAACACCUUAAAGGCUUAUCUGGGGAUUUCUUAGAGACAUUCCAAGGCAGCAUAAAGCUUCACCCCAUACUGUUUCCCUACAGAUACUUCAUUGUAUCUACUAUUAAUUGUUUAAACUUAAUUUGCACAUAGUUACAAUUGUUGUGAAGGUAAGGGAAUUUAUGUUGGUAAAACAGACUGUGAAGACAGGGAGGGUAUGCUCUGAAUGUUUCCCUCUGCUUUCAAGUCUGUGCCCCAGUUGGGCCACCCCAUCAAACAGUCUGGAUCCACCCUGGUCCACUGUACAUAUUCUGCAUUUUAUUUCUUUAGACGGUUAUUUGAUACUGUGUAAUGAAGCCUACAUACUUAAAAAAAUAAAUAAACUAUGGCAGACAUGUUUUUGAAGUUUUUUGGCUUUGCAGAGGUAACAUGAAAUCGAACCUCUCAUAUUUGACAGAAAUACACAUUUUGCUAGUGGCUCAUAACUGGAUCAAAAUCAAGCUCAGUGAUGUCUGGCUGAUAUCAAAUCUGUAUCUUCUCCUUUUCUUUCACAGUUUUCUGAUAACGGUCUUGUACAGUUCCAGUCCAUCACUGAGAAUGAGCAGUACCUGCUUCCUGCUCCUACAGCUGGUGAUUUUCCAAACAACAUGAAUGUUUCUCUUUUGGCUGUGUUUUGGGAUGAUGCCGACCUCACCCGCGGGAAUGGACAGUUGCUCUAUCAGGUAAAAGAUGGUCUGUUAAGACUCAAUAUUACACUACAGUCAUUUAUUCUUUUGUAAAAAAACAAUAAAAUAUCUUUAUCUUUGGUUUGCAAAGUUUCUAUUUCAUUUAUAAUGAUUGAUGUUAUCGGGAGUCUCCUCCUCAUAUAUUUUUUCUUUUUAGGAGUAUCACGAGGAAGAUAAGUCUGAUGUCUACUCCCAGGUAGUUUUCAAUCGCACGGCAGAUGAAGUAACAAAGUUUGAGGAGCGCAAAAACAGGCCAGCCUUCAGCCCUGCCUGGAUACUCAAGAUCACAUGGGACCAUGUGAUGCCUGUUUCCUACCAGAAGGUCAACGCCUCAGAGGUAAAAUUGAUGUUUCUAUCAUGCCAAUCCUUAGCUUUAGGAACUUACCCAUGCAUGUAGCUGUAUCACAGAGUUCUGAAAAAAGAUGUAUCAGAUUAUUUCUUUGUACGACUCUCUGUGCUGAUUGUGCAGUGUGGAGAAAACACUGGAGUUCUUUUGUUGCACUCUGGCGCCACCUUAAGGCUGUUCUGUAUCCAGAACUCUGGACUUCAGUAAAACUGCUAUGCACAGGUCUACAGGUCAACAACAACAGCAACAACAAAAAAACAUAUCUUUUACUUGUAUGGGAGGUCUUGUCACUUUUUUGUAAUCUAAUCUGUGUAACCUUGCAAAGCUAUGUUGUGAUUUAAAUUCAGUAACAAGGACAGUGAUGUAUGGUGAACAGAGACACAAAUCUUUUGCUUUUUUCUUUGUUUGUUUAUUUAUUUUUUCUUUUGGUACUUUGUAAAGGACUAAAUCAUGAUUGAAAUCAGUAUCAAAGAGCAAAUAUUUAACUAGCUACAGAUGUGGUUACACCAAAGCAUAUUUUCAGGAUCAUAGAAGCCUACAUUGAAUCUUGAUACUGGAGUUCUAUUUUAUGCUUAUCUUAAGGUAGUUUCUUUCUUUUUAAUUUUAAAGGAAUAUUAUGUCUUUAGUUACAGCACAAACUGAACUCUGUUGACUCUUAAUGAUCUAUUGAAGCAAAUAUCGGCAAUAAGAUAGAUCAUUUUUUUCAAUACCAUUCUUUUCUAAUCCUGGAACCCUGUUGCGGGGUAGCUGUCAGACAUAUCAAUUUGCUGCACCCAAUAAAAACAAACUUUUUUUCUUUUCCUUUUUUUUACAUUUUCAGUGGAAUAACAUCUUGAUUUUUACACAUUUGACUGUUAAAAGACAGUGGGAUGAGAAUUUUUAAUUAAAAGAUAAAACACAAUCUGGAAAAGUACAUGGCAUGUAAUGAGAAAAGGUAUGAGACUUUGUAAAAAAACAGUAUCAAGCAAAAACUACCUUACAGGAGCCUUAAUUGAAAACAUUUAUGGUAUACUUUUUCAAAUGGUAAGUUAGAUCAACACAAAGACAUAAUUAGUUGUGGCAAAAGUGUUUUAAAUGUACUUUAUAGUAUUAAAGACAGUACCCAGAAGUACUUAUAUGUAUUAGAUAAAGUUUCCUUUCCUGGUUUUCAGGUCAACACCUUUCAGUGUAUCCUCGCCACUGAUGGAGCACGCUCCUUUGCCCUCCUGAGAUUCUCAGAGAUGCUCUGGGGUCCUGGUCAGAGGAAAUACCAUGAUGCUCUUAUCGGUUACACUGAUGGAAAAACCUCCUUCAGGGAGCCCACUGUCCCUCCUGGAAACCUCUUUGGGCCCGGGGGCAGAUACAGACCCCAUCAGGUGAAAGGCGUCAUGGGAAAGUUGGGUCAGCAGGUGUAUGAUCUGACAGGACGGACAGGCUUGGACAUAGAUCCCAGGAUCAGAUGCCAGGCGUGGGCCAUGAAGGAGCCCAACCCUGCCGAGUGGACAGAGCAGCUGUUUUCCUGUCCCUGCACCCGCACACAGGCUCUGGAAGAUCUGUCUUUCCUGCAAGACACGGCAGAUCAGGGGUCGAGGGUCAAGACCCUUAGGGGUCAGAGGUGGGGGAGCACAGGAGGACACGUUUUCAGGUCCAUCCUGUCCAACAGACACGGUUCAGGGAAGAGGUGUGUGUAUGAACCGGAUGGACCACUGCUGGCUGGUUUCAGCGAACGCUACUUCUCUGGACACAGCAUCCAGAAACACAUUGGUAAUACAAAAGAGUCUGUUUUUUAUGUGAGAUCAAUAAAUCUGUUCCCAAUGUACAGUCCAGAGGUUGUUAAAAUUUGUUUUGAUUUAAGGAUAGUUUCCUUACAGUCUUUGGAUAGUGACAAAGGAUUAGUUAAUGACAAAUAAAGGGAACAAUUAAAGUUAAAUAUUUAAAGACAACAGAAAACAGGAUUUAGACACAAUUUAAAAGUUAGUUUACACUAAUUUUACUUCAUAUUUCCCCAUACAUACAGUAUACUUUUAUUGCUUAGUUUAAGGUUCAGUGAUUCAUUUUUACAUAUUAAAGAAUUAUCUAUUGUACUUAAAGUAUUUUAGAAAACUAAUCUACAACCAGUUAUAGUACAACUUGGCCCUUCAAGAGGCCCAAAUGCAAAAAUAAAGAAAAUGAUCAAAUAAGAAGAAAAAAUUUAGGAGAUGUGUACGGCUAUAAAAAGCCAUUUAAAUAACUAUUUAAAAAAUUUCUAACUUGUAAAUAGGGUAGUAAAAGGAGGAUUUUGCAUCUCUGUUACUGUCAGAUUUUUGUGCCCUCGGAGUAAAACUGCUCAAAGGAUCCAACCUACAACCUGACCGCCGAUCCCUGCUGCCACAUGAACUCCUCCUCACUAACCUAACUCUCUUGUAUAGAUGAGGACCUCCUGCCAUUCCAGUGGUGUUGUAUGGAGUCUCCGCUGUGCCACCUUUACCUGAGCAAGAGACCUCUGGACCGUUGUCAAGGUUACAGCUGGUCCACACCUGAUGGCUACACACACAGCAUGAAGGCAACACAGGGUGUAGGUGAGUCUGGAAUCUAUUUCAAUUAAACUGUCUAUAUGAUAGAAGACUUAGUUUUCAUCGGGAGGAGAUUUUCAGGAUGAAUCCCAAAUUAUAUAUAUUUUUUUAAUUGAUGUUAUGGACCUAAUAAUUAUAAUACUCACAAUAAUAAUGAUGAUAUUAAUACCUUCAUUUGACAAUUUGCAAAAAUAAAACCAAAAGACAAAACCCCAGAAAGAAAAAGGGCCCCAAAACAACAUAAAACCCCACAAAGACACAUCAUAAGAAACCAUGAGCGAUAUGAAGCUAAGAAACAUAUCUGAAAAACCCAGAAUACUCCAAACAAGGACUAAAAAAACCCGGGCAACACAUGAACCAAACUACUUAACAGAGGCCUAAGUGUUGGAGAUAAAAGUGCUUGCAGACAAAAGUAGAGAUGACAUCAUGUAGAAUAAGUUUCAAGCAGAGAUUUAAAAGAAGUGGCUGAUUCUGCCAGCUUUAUCUCUUCAGGCACAGGCCAUAUUAUCUUUGACUUAUUGAGUGGUCCCCACCUGAGGAUCUAGAGCUUCCAGCUGGCUCAUAGAGGGUUAAUGAUUCUGUAAGCUAGCUGGGAGUCAGAUCUUUAAGUAAGUGCUUUAAAAGUGAUGUGUAAAAACUUAAAAUCAAUUCUCAAACAUAAAUGGAGCCAGUGGGUGGGAGCUGAAACUGGGGUGAUGAAAUGUCUGUUAAAACAAAACAAACUCUGCCUAUGCUGCUCAGAGUAAGCUAAGUCAGACGCAGCAUCUCUUUUGCCCUUCUCUUAUCUCUUUUCACCAACAUAUCAUAUGAUAAUACCACAUAUGACAACUCUGUUGCCAUGGGAAUGCUACCAUAUGUUGAAUGUAAGGGAUUGUACAUUUGAGCCACACAAAUGAAUCAUUUCUAAAACAACCAAAGUCAAACAUUAUAUAAUCAAAGCUUGGUUGUUGACUUAUUUUUAUGAUGAGUUGGUAGAUUAUGUCUCAUGAGUGGUGGCACUAGUACGUAUUCGGUCAUCAUACAUCUUAUUAAUGUACCCUAUAUAGAACCUGGAGAAAUGUUCACCUAGAAAUAAAUCCUACUAUUAAAAGAAGAAACAUGCACAUUUAAAUGCUCCUCUUGACAGUAAUAAAAUAACUUAUUAAACUGCAUGAAAUAGUUGAUCUUAAAACAAACAAAUACUCUUUACAUAGACCUGUCCUAAAAUUAUGUUUAAAUAGGAUAGAGGAAUAUAUUAUUGUCGUAAAAGGAUAUAGAAAUUACACAAAUGUGUGCAUAACAAUUGACGAGAUACUGGAGUGUUUGAAGCUCUAGCUUUUAGACGGGACCCCUUCUCAUGGUUAUUCUUACUGUACAGUGCUGCAAAAAUGUACACAAUCUUGCAAGCAGAUGUAGUUUAAAAUAAAUUUGUAGUUUAGUUUUGUACUUUGUAUGACCCCCAACUUUUUUAGUCCUUGCCGACCUCAUGCCUGUAUGAUAAAUUUGAAAGAUUUACAGACCCCCUCCUGCGUGUGUUUGUCCCCUGCAGCGAUGGUGUUUGGCAGCCUCCACUUCAUCACCUUCGAUGGGACAGAGUAUUCCUUCAAGGCCCUGGGAGAGUUUGUAAUCCUGCGUCUGUCCUCCACCACCGGCUCUAAUAUCUUCACCCUGCAAGGACAGACGGACAAGCUGCACACAGACACUAAGGGGAUCAUGGAGGUCCCAGUGGUGGUGCGCAUGGCUGCCUUCCACCAGGGCAUUGGCAAGGUCAGGAUGUUUGAGAGUGUUACUCUGUGUGUUUCACUCAGAGUGAGUUAGUGUGUCUCUAAGGAGUUUAUCAUUUUUAAACAAACAAGUGAUAAGUGCCACUCACAUUGUAUUUACAUGCAUGUAUUUAGCCAUCAGUGUGAGUUUAUUAGUUUAGCUUAGCAAGUUAUGUAAUCAAAAAAGAAGUCUCUGUUUUGACAUAACUGUGAAAAUAUGAUUCUUAUAUUUUCACAUCUCUUUCUGUUAAAUUUAUGUAUUUUCACAGAUUGAAUGGAGAUGUGCAGAAACAGGAGUCGGGCUACAGCUGUUUGUGGAUGAUCUUGAGGUCCCAGUCACAGUCGGUACUGAUCACCACACACUUUUUACCUACUGUUCAAAAAAACAGUGUCAUGUUUGAAUAAGAAGACAAAGUCGAUUGAACAAUAGCUUCUUUCCACUUCAGAAUUUGUGUCUCAUCGAAGUGUUACAUAUCAGUUGUUGUGUGUCUUUUGACUGAGGCGAAGAUAAAUAAAAUGUUGGUAUAGCUCCAGUAUACUGACUCAGCUGGCAGCCGUGAAAGUGUUACAUGGCUGGGAAGUAAUUUUCAAAAGCAAAUGUCUUCAAAUUAGAGGCAAUCAGACAGAGAAAAUCUGAUAUAAAGCAUGACAGAAAUACAGGUUUGACAAGCAUACAACAGAUAUGCUGAUUAUUUUUCUCAAUCAUCGUCAACAGAGCAGAAAGGAUUCCUGCAGAGAUAAAGCUUCUUUAAGGUUGUGUUUUUUCAUAAAAAAGGGUUUCACUUUCUCUCUUUGAAGCCAACAAACUCCUUAAAUAACAUUAUUUUUUUGUCAAAUUGAACAGAAUUUGAUAAUUGCACAUCUAUUAAUGCCAAAUCUAUUAUGCUUGGGCCUAUACUUAUUGAUAUCUUUUAAGUUAUGUGACUUGUAAUAUACUGUAUGAAAUCGAUUGUCAGAUCUGUUUGCAUGUUCCACAUGUUGUGCCAAUCAUUAUCUGAAAUUAUCUCUCAGCCUCAAUGGGGCCUUAGGCAAAAUUUGAUUUGAGGGCCCUCUAUUUCUGCUAAUAAUAUUGAUUGUUGAUCAUUCACACACCUACUACAGUACAAAUCUAAUGCGCCUGACAUGUCUUUACACAUUUAAGGGGGGUGGCCUAGGUAAUGACAUAAAUAAUACCAAUGCAACCAUACAAAUAAUACCAAUGAAUGACUGAUGAAUGAUGUUCAGGGUGCCACGUAACGGUAGUGGAGCUUUGACAUAUCGGUAGUAAGAAUCAUCGACCUACAUCAGCAGCAGCACUAAAAUGUUUUUACUUUAUUUUAUUUUUACAAUAAUAUAUAUUUGAUCAUACAGAAAGCAUCACUCAUACGUGCAAAAAAUAAUUUUUUUAUAGUUCUUUUUUAAUUGCUCUUGGGGGCCCCCUACUGGCCGCAGAACCCUAAGCAGGCGCUUAGUUCGCUCAUGCCUUGGGCCGGCUCUGGCUGUGGGCAUUGAUAAAAUUAGUGUUAAUACAGAUCAAAUUUGUCUUAAACAAACUGAAAACUUCCUAUAACCCCUAUCUCUUAAGGCUAACAUGCUGUGAUCCCCUAAUUUACCCCCUGUCAAAACUCUUUAUCUAAGCAGGCCAGUUUAAAAAGACUGUCAUCAAUCUGUUUGUAGAAAGACUUUAAAAGGAUUUAAAUUACCCUGUUUUUAACCAACUUCACCCUCAAGUAUAGAAAUAAGUCUGAAAGAGAAUACUAACUGUGUUUUCUCAGGUGUGGUGUACAUGGGGGAGAAGGACUUUGCCGUACGCUGUUUGUCAGUGUCUCGCUGUGCAGCUGUGUAUGCCGGUGGUCUCCAUGUGUUGGUGUGGAAGGUGGUCGGCUACAAUCAGCUGGUGGCCAUGGUGGAGGUUCCUCAGACCUUCUACAACCGUACCGUGGGUCUGAUGGGUCUCUGGAGCUCCAACCGCUCUGAUGACUUCCUCAUGUCUGAUGGCAGGCUCCUUCAAUCAGCUAACCUCAACCCCCCCUCUGAAGAGAUUCUGCCCGACUUUGGCUUGUCCUGUAAGUGGGACUUUUUAUCUACUCUUAGAAAAUGGAGGGAUCAGGAGGAAUGAUAGAGAGAAGUUAAGCCAAUCCAUGUUCGUAGUUACAGUCAGGUUGAGUUAUUAUUUUGCUUACACCAAAGUCUGUUUACAAAGACCGAGUCCCAUCUUGUUAGAUUAGACCCACUCACAUCCCAUCUCCAACCACAUGAGCGUAGCACUUUGCAGUAUUUCUAAUAAACUGUCCCCCCUAACCCCUAAAACCUUGUUUGUGCAUUUAGGGGCCGUUCCAGUCCCAGAGAGCCUGUUGCCUUUUGUCUCUCCUCACCCUCUCUCUCCCCUGAAGUCUCUCUCAUUUGAGCAGCUGAUAGACAGCGUCAGUCCUGCUGAGGUGGAGGAGAUGAGGAGAACCUGUAGAGGCAGCCUGCAGUGUGUUCACGACACUCUGGCCACCGGCAGAUCUGAUCUUGGUCUGCAGACUCUGGAUGCCAAGAAGCAGUUUCAGAACCUUGCUCAGAUUUAUGGUAAGAGGACUAAAGUAUUAUGACAAAUCCUGAUCUAUCUAGCUAAUCUGUGCUUAUGUGACGUUCUCUGACUGUGUUUUCUUUAGGUAACAUGCCUCCUAUAGUGACAAAGCCCACAGUGAUCCAAUGUAGAGUCAACUCUACUGUCAACAUCCAGAUUGAGGCUCAGGAUCCAAAUGGAGACUCCAUUACCUACUCGCUGCUCUACCCUCGACCUCCACGGGCCUCAAUCGGCAGCGGUGAGACAGAUAAUGUACUGUUUUAAAAGGAUUGGGUUUUAGAUUUUUUAGUCUUUUUUAAGUUUUGGUGCGUGAUGUACAUCCAUCAGGGGUCAUCUAACAAGGAUUUAGCUUUAAUUAAUCUCAACACAUAGACUUGUAGACGAUGUAUACUGGUUCAAUUCCUGUAAAUCAGUUUCUUGUGAGUCUCGGUUUCACUGUCAACAGUAAACUUCUCAGAGGCUUCACUCUUACUUCAGUGAUAUGACUGAGAAAAAAAUUCUUUUUGUGUUUGAAACAUAAGUUUUUUAUAUAAGUUUACCAAAAUGAAAACAUCCUUAUUCAGAUUUGUAAAAAUUGAGAAGAAGGAAGAAAAAGAGCAGGAGAAAACAACUUUUGGAGUGUUUGUUUAUCCUUCUAGUUGAGGGUCUUUUAAUCAUUUCUUACACAUUCCUUCGCUGACUUGCUGUCAAGAUUUUUUAUCCUUAAUAUCAAAAUACAAAAAAGCCUUUGGACAAUUAUUUCACAGGACAGGGGAAAGUAGGAGAGAAAUAAGGAGAUGAAAAAGUGUAAAAACUCUGCACACCAUCUGACUUGAAAUAUAAAAUUUGUUUCAUGGCAUCUUGAAACAGGUGUGUCUGCAGAAAAACAGAAGAGUGAUGUUCAAUCACCAAUCUAUCGCUGAAAUCCAUAUUUGUCCCAGUAAAGGAGAAACUCAGAGAGAAAUCUCCUCCUGCCCCAACAUUUUUUCUCUCUUCUCACAAAAGAAUACCAGAAAAUGCACAAUUCAAUCUGAUAAAAGAAUAUUACAUUUAUUCUGAUUUAAGAAUGAAUAAUCAUUAUGUAGAUUAAAAAAUAAUAACUGUUUACUUUACUAGCGCUGAUGAUGGGUUACUAUGGAUUUACAGUUAAAAUCUGUGAUUGAUUGUAACUCUUCUCUGUCUUAUUAUUUUCCAUCCGAGAACUGUAAUCUCCUGGUCUGGAUUGAAUUGGAAAAUCUUUAUUGUCCCUGAGAAGCAAUUUGUUCUGCAACUGAAGUCUACACAAGCAUCAUAUCACAUAAACAAGCAUAGAUUUCUUUUUUUCAGAUAUUCAGGCGCUCUCACAAGCUGUUCAGACGAUAAAGGUCUGGGACUGAAAUGUUGCCCAUAAAUACAUUUUUUGCAAGUUAGAUAAUGUGUAAAAUUUUACAUUUGGUCUCUGGUUUAUUGCAAGCUGUACUGGCAUACAGAUAUGUCUUUAUAGAGAUACACAAUUGUUGUCAGUUUAUGAUGGAUCACUGAUCACUGAUGUUAUUGCUUAGUCCAAACAUCAUAUCCCUGUUCAUAACAGUUCGGGGACAAAACCGAGUUCUUAUUCAGUGCAAAAAAGAAAAAAAAAAAUCAUCACAGUUUGGUUCUUCUCUUUCAUAAGGGUCGGAUCUUGCUGCAUGACAGAUGUAUGAAGGAGUGUAUUUUGGAGUUUAUUAUUCUUCUUUUUGAUCCUUAUGUUUCGGUCUGCAGGUGACGGCCUCCUGUCAUUGAUACUGCUCAGCACACAGCCUGUUCAGCUGACCAUCAGAGUCAAGGAUGAGCUCAGCAGCUCCCUCUUCACCCCCAUCCUGAAGGUCUGCAACUGCCUGAAUGGAGGAUCCUGCCAGUUCGACAGCGUCACUGAGAACCACCUGCAUGGAAAGUUCCAGGUACAUUUCUGAGUACAUCAGCUGACACGAUUUUUUGUUUCAGGGACUAGCUGAUACUGACAAUGAAGAGAAAUAAGCCAAGUGCAAAUCAAAACUAUCAGAGGGAUUGCUAAUUAAGAGAAGUCUCUUAAUUAGAGACUUUAUCUGAAUUAUUUCAACCAUGAAAAGUUCUGAAAUUACUCUAUCAGAUAACUUCAGUCUGCAGCAGUACAACAGGCUGCAAUAGAGAAAUACCAUAAACCAUGAACUGCUGUGACAUCUCUUUCUUCAAAGCCACCAUGCAAGUUUUCUCUUAGACAAAAAUCUGUCUUUCAAUCAUCAUCGGAUUGAGAGUUAAACAAAGGCUGAACCUGAUUGUUUUUUAGUUUUUCUUUGUUUUUUGCCAGGGAAAUACUUAUCCAAGCAACCUUUUCAUCUGUAAUCGACUAUAAAAAGAUCGUUUAUUUGCAUGAUACCUCAUUUUCCCUGAAAUUUUGGAGUCAGCACACCGUGUCAGUGCCAAAAAGAAGAACUAUGCUGGUUCAAGAAAGGAUAACAUUGCAGCCAUUGUAACCUGUUUUACUGCCACUGGCUAAAGCAAACGAUUGAAACUAUUUUAAACACCUUUGGUACCUGCGGGUCAUCAAGACACCCAAAUAUGUUUAGCUUUACAUUUCCAUUUUAAUAAUACAAGAGUUCAGAUCUAGGGUAAAGCUGAAGUUUAAACUGUAUGUGUCUGCCGUCCUUUGUGUUCUUCAGGUCGUGGGCUGUCUGUGUCCAGAGGGCUUCAGUGGAAAGUUUUGUGGGAGCACUGCAGACGUGUGUCGAGGUCGACCAUGUUUCCAGGGGGUGCAGUGUCAGUCCAGGUCAAAGCCAGGCCAGUUCACCUGUGGAGAGUGUCCUGGUAACACCGUCUCUGAGGGAAAGCAGGGAUAUAAGUGCUUCGAGCAUGGUGUGUAACACAUAAUGAUCUCACGAGUCAGUUUGAAGACUCCACACUCUCUCAUUUAUCUUAUUUAUUCUCCUCCUGCAGACAUGUGCAUCCCUCCUUUCAGCUUUCCCUGCCACAAAGACGCUGACUGCAUCAGCACCAAGCUGAACUACACUUGCACCUGUAAGCCCGGAUUCACUGGAGACGGGAAGAACUGCACAGGUAUCAAACACCUCAGUAUGAAUCAUGCAUGGUGACUGACAACGUGUUUGUGUUUUUGAUAUUUUGUUUGUGUUUGUCUGUGCUGCAGAUAUAGACGAGUGUGCAGAGCUCUCCACCUGUCCAAACGCCAAGUUUGAGUGUAGAAACACCCCGGGCUCUGUCGAGUGCUUCUGCAGAUACCAGAACGCCAAGGACACUGACGGAUGUGGUAGGUGUACUGUCAGGCUCGUCGUUGGGCUGCAGACAGUUUUUUCAGCUUUACCCGAGGUCAGAGAAGAGCUAAUGAGACUGAAUCAUUUUGAUAGGUUUCAUUAAAUAUAACCUUAGAGGGACUGACGAAGCUCCAUUUAACGUCAUGUAGAGGCUUAACCACAUACUAUACUUUAUUUUAUGUUUUGACCGAAUCUGUCUAAAUAGCAGGAAUGCAGAUAAGCAAAUGGAUGCAAAAAGAGGUUCUCUCUUUUCAGUAUGAGUUUUAAGCCUGACUACAGAGUUCAGGAUUUAAUGUCAUUGGUACAUUCCUCAGAAAACAUGAGAAAAGAUCAUCACUACAACAGUCUAAUGUUGUCAAAUUUUUACCUGACUUUUGGCACUGAGUUGAGAAAGGAAAACUUUGCAGUAAUUUUUAGAAAAUGUUCUUAACAAGGAUUCACUUCUUCAUAUAUGAUUAAAAGCUCAUGUGAGAAGUUUUUUUUUUGUCUUUAUGAAAAAACUUAAUGACAUAUUAAUGCUUUUUUCUGAUCCACAAAUGCAAACACGACCAUUAAAGAAGAAGAAAAGCAGAGGGCACCAAAAUUGUUCCCUAGAGGGGCUUUAAGUAUGAGUGUUAUUUUGUGACCGUGUGAAGACUAUAAAUUUAUUCAUAGUAAAACUGUGUUUCUUUGCAGGUGAAUCUGCCAAUCCUCCAGGUAAGACCUCCCUACAUUUGCGUCAUCGAAGCUUUCCUUUUUGUCUCUGGCAUUAACAUGGUAAACACGUCCAGAUGUUGUUGCUGUUGUGUGUCUGCAGGGAGCAACGUGUUCAACGUCUCAGUGGGCUGGAAGAGGAACAAGCCUGAUGGACUUAAACAGGUGUGUGUGUAUCACAUAUAUUUUUUAAAUCAUUCAUUAAUUUAUCCAUUAAUUUAUUUUUCAAAUUGUUAAUUUACUCUUUUUUUUAAUCUCAAGGAGUCAGUGAACCAACGCCUUUAUUUAUGACAUUAGGAGCACAUUUAAAACUGAACAAAAGCAUAUGAGAGCUAAUACAAGAAAUAAGACAGCACAUUUAAAUUCAAGCAGAACCAAAACAGAAGUGGAAUCAAAUUCAUUAACUACUGUUCACUUUGUUCCACAGAAAACAGCUGGUUUUAGCUGUCUUAAUUGUAAAUUAAAAAGUACAUUGAACAGUUUGUUAAAGGUUGUUUCAGAUUUUUAGAGGCUAAUUUUGGGGCAUCAGCCGAGCAAUAUACUGUAGAACUGAAAAAUCAGCAUUAAGAUAGAAAUGUUAGCUUUUUUCAUAUAGAUGUUUAACAUGAAGUAUGAAAAAAAGAGAGGACCAAACUCUGAGCCUUGCAGAACUCCAUUUGUAAGUGGUAAAAAAAGUGGGUAGUUUUGUACCAAAAUAACACACUUCUGUUGUUCCAAUUACAAUAGAAACAUGUGACAAUGACAAACUGACAAUACUUUACCAUCAUCACCUUUCUCCUGGUUUCUCAGCUAGUGGACAUCCUGUCGUUGGGUUUCCAGAACAAAUUCUACAACGCCAGUAAGGUGACUCCAAGACCCGGCGCUGGUCCAGAUGUGGCUGAAUAUCUCGUCAAUAUGUCCACAGACACCCCUCACUGGUACAUCAGAGACUAUCUAGCCAGAGUCAGCGGCCACUACGACAUCCGGGCCGUGCAAGUGGAUGGUUGGUUCACCCUCUGCAUAAUAUCUUAUAUUGUUUUUGACAAUGUUUCUGUUUCACAGGUGAAAUAAGCAGGUAUAGAGAUAAAUUUCAAGUCUGAUCUUGACAGAAUUUUAUCUUGCGAUUCUGUCCAGAAAAAGGUGAAACACAUAGUUUUGCACCCAGAUUUUUUAAAAAUGUUUUUAUGACUCGAAAACAAAGCGAAAACAAAGUGGAAAAAAAUGUCUGACAGAUUUUUUUUUUCAUUUCUGUCAUCAUGCAGAGGUUUUUCUCUUACUUUUCUCAAACUGUGCAGUGACUAAGUUUAAGUAAAACCCCCUACUAAUCCUAAGAUGUGUAUUAGUUGAAAGUAGCCAUAAAUGCAAACAACACUCUCUGCCAUGCAGCGAUACAUGUUUGUUAUUGUAAUACUCAUUUUAGCCACAAGAGGCAGCGGUGCACCAUCACUCCAUGUUUUCAAUAGAAGUGAGGACACUGGCUGUUUUACUCUCUACUGCGGGUUUUUGUACAAGCAUGCUACACUGGUUUGGUUAUUACUCAAAACAUAAAAAUAGACUUUUAGCAGGUAUGUAAAUGCAUGGUCCACAUCAGUCAAAUGCAAAAAAAAAGGUCACUGAACCUGCAGAAAAAGCUUUUUAUUAAAAUUGCAGAACAAGUCAGAAUCAGUUUGUGUGUCAUAAAAAAAAAAAACGUUUUUAGCAACAACAGGGCAUGUUUCCUGUACACUGGGUCAACUAAGACGGUCAAACUGUAAAACUGUUGGAUCAGGACUACAGUGAUUUUUGUUUGUAUGUUCUUCAUAAUCGUAUUUGAAGCAGUACAGUUCCCCUGUCACUGAAGGCCUCUGCAGCAGACUGUUAUUUCUCUGAGUCUGACUGACUGCUGCUGUGUUUUAAAUAGAAAAAGUGCCAAUGCUGACUCCAAGAUGCCGAGGUUUAAUAUUGCAGCAAUUUCAAGUAUUCUUUUUUGGCCUUUACUGAAAGGACAGCAAGUGUCAGUGAGAGAGAGAGAAAGAGACAGAGAUACAGAGACAGAAAGAGAGAGAGAGAGAGAGUAUAUAUGAGAGUGAGGGAUGACAUAAGGCCUAGUGUGUGAUUCAAGCAUCUGACUGCUGCAACAAGGACUAUAGCUUUGGUAGCUGUGCUUUAACCACUGAACCAAACAGGGUAAGUUUUUAUCUAAAUUAGUUUAUAUUUUAUGAAUUAACACUUCUCUCGCCCCUUAUUUUUAUGUGAGCCUCAGCCUCUUGUGGCCAAAAUAAGAACUACAAAAACAAACAAAUAUUUGACGUGCCUUUUUUUUUUACCAGGGAAAAAUAAUGCAGAGAACAAAAGCUUUCAUUAGCUGCUCUUACAACAAGUCCAUCAAAUAUUAUUAACUGAGUCACAUUUUCUCAUAAUGAUGGCAAACCUCACUGUGUACACACCUUCAGAUCUGGACGAGUGUAAGGCCAAGGCGACAGUGUGUGUCCUUCCAGCUCUCUGCACCAACACGUACGGAGGUUACAGGUGUAUCUGCAAUGGUACAACAGACGUGGAUGAAACACAGUCCUGCGUGUUAGGUGAGCAGACUUUAAAUCGAUCCUGCAGGCACAGCAACCGCUCCAGAGCUCAUAAAGGAAGAAAAUCAAUAUAAUGACUGAGUGCUAAAUCCAUAAAAAGCCUCUCUGGUUGGUCUUUUAUAUCUUUAAGAGUGGCCCAGUCAUUAUUUAAUACAAAACCAUCUCAUUAUUUUGUCAGUAAAUGAUCUGCUGAGGACAUUUAUGCUGUCGUCUCUCACUCUAAACCAUUAUGUGGCCGUGAUGAGAGUGUCUUAUUAAAAUGUGGGUAUACCUACUCCUCAGCAGACAGGGACCAGGAGAGUGAUGUGGAACUAGACCUGGUUCUGGGGCUGGUCCUUGGCAUUGGCAUCCCUCUGCUCCUGCUGCUGCUGGCUGCUCUGACCUGCUUCUGCUGCUGCAGGAAGACGGUGACUGGAGAGUAAGUGAUGCUAUGAGCACCUUAAAUAGAGUUUACCCUCAGCUUGCCAACAAUAACCAAAGGAAUAAACAUGGGUAUUAAAAAAAGGUCAAUACAAAGGUGGAUGGAGCAAGGCUUUGAGUUUUAAAAGGCACAGAGGGAGAUAGGCAGGAUAUGAUAUAAAGGGUAUGAGUGAGAUAUGAAAGAUAUGUGAUAAAGGGAUAAGAGAAGAGUUUAGAGUCAGCUGGAUGGAUAAAGGAGUACAGAGAGAAAGACUUUAGUUCAGAAUCUGCCCCCUUUCCUCCUUCUCCUCUUGAUGGCAGUUUUGUCUUACUAGAUGAAUGUACUAAAACCACUCGUAAGGUGGGGGAGAUACUUGAUCAUCCAUCGAACGCAUCCCCUGAACUAAAUACUGUAAGAAAUUCAAUGACAAAUGUAGAUAAAAUUGAACUUAACUUUGGGACAAAAGCUGUAGCUCAACGAUACUGUAACGUUCAAGCAUUUUAAUUGUGUUUUGCAUUUGUACAUUUUCAUUAUUCUUUAAUGCAAAACCAUUUCAAGCUCAAAAUACUUGACAUUUUUUACAAGGGGCUUGAUUUGGGAAUCAAAAAAUGAUUUGUAUGUUUUUGGCUUUUUGAUCUACUGUGAUAAUAACUUCUAACGCAGUGGUUCUCAAGUCCAGUCCUCGAGGCCCACUGUCCACUGUUUCCCUGCUCCAACACACCUGAUUCAAAUGAUUAGCUCGUUAGUAAGCCAUUACAGAGCUUGAUAACGAGCUGAUCAUUUGAAUCAGGUGUGUUGGAGCAGGGAAACAUCGAAAACAUGCAGGACAGUGGACCUCAAGGAAUGGACUUGAGAACUACUGCUCUAGCUCACCAUGAUUUAGAAGUAAGGGCUGCUUCAAAAAGCCUAGUUUGUGUCCACAGGUCGAUGGCUUUUUUUACACACCUCUGCUGGCUUUUGUGAAGCUGGUGCUCUCUACCAACACCCUGAUUAGCUGCACCUGCAUGCUUAGCUCUUAUGAGGUUUCUCAGACUUAUUACACUCAGGUUGUGGCAACAGGAAGCUGAAAGAUGCUAAAAUGGCCUGACUACAGUGUGCCAGAAGGGAUAUAGUGUUCAUUUCAAACACUGAUCACAUUGCAAUUACUGACAUUACUACUUAUGUGCAUUAAACAAAAACUCUAUAUUUAGGUUCCUAAACUACAAUUUUUAAUUUGGUUAUCCUUUUUCGAAGCAAAUGUUGAUCACUGUGAAGUGUGAGCAGUCAUAACAAACCAGUUUAUUCAAGUUUAGCCUGUAUUUUUCUUUUCAACAUUUACCUAAAGUUUUCAUUCCAUUAAAUACUAGAUGUAAAUUUAGGAAAUCAAUUUAAGCUGUAAAGUUUGCAACAGCACAGCUCAAGAUAUUGAGAAACGGGAAAACAAGAUUUGUGCUUCUAUCAUGUGGAGUGAAAAGCUUACAGUUGUAUGAAACAGGAACACCUCACAAAGUUGUAGUUUAGCAGAGGUUCAGCACUGUAUUCUACCUUUUUGAUAAAUACUAUUUCAUUACAAAAGCAUUUUGCCCUGGUUGGUGAUGAGACACAUUUCGCAGAGGGCGGAUCCUUUAAAAAAGUUUCCCACCAUGUUUCCUUGAUCAGUAUCUAGUUGUCACGUUCAGAUUACUGAAGGUAGCUUGCAUGAUUUACAUCACUUAUCCACCUAUAAUGUUCAAAAUAUGUAUGCUUUCAUGUAAUCAUGUCUGUGUGUAGAGUGACCACAGUACAUAUCAGGUAUCCUCUGUGUUGUCUGAUGAUCCCCACAGUCUCUCUGCAGCCCUGCUGACACUGUGUGUCAAACCCCUGUGCUGCAUCGAAACUCUAAUGAAUUAAAAAAAUGUGUUGAGGUGGCUCAGCAGCUCCUGUGGGGCGCGGUGAGACAGAGUUCACUGCAGGUCAAAUGAAAUAUACUGCUGCAGAGAUGACCACACACACUCACAUACACACAGCUACACACCCUCAGUAUUUCAGGGAACAGCAGUCAGUAAGGUCUGCCCAGAGAUAAUCUUUGCGAGCAGCUUGAAGGCUUUAAAUCGUGUCCUCUGUUUCUGCUGCAGCAUCGUCUUCUCCUUCUCUUUAACUUCUUUCUGCCCACUCUCUUACUAUAUUAAACAAAAACUCUUCCUACUAACUGCUUUGGUACCAGUUAUGAAACUGCACUUGGGUAAACCUUUUCAGAAAGAAUACACAGACAGAAAAAGGACCAUAAUUAGGUAAACACAUCUUAGAUAGCAGAAAAGAGCUGCUGUUCAUCAUAUAACAUGCUGUUGUCUCUUUUUAUCACCAAUUUGGAAAACACUGAAUGAUGAUUGGUAGGAUUUGCUUUACUAAAUGAUAAAAUCAGAGCCAAAACUCAAAGAUGGUUAGCUUAGCAGAUGGACCAAGAAGGGGGGACCAGAUUGAUUUGCUCUGAGUCAACGCCAACCGCCUCUAAAUCUCACCAAUUAGCAUAGUAUAAGUUGUUUUUACUGAAAACUGAAGCAAAUUAAAUCACUCUUUGUCUUAUACAAGUAGAAAAUCCUGUUAGGGCAUGUAACAGGUUUUUGAGCUGCUGGAAGGCAACUUUUGUUACCCUGAAAGGCAUUUUUUAAGUCUUUAUGCUCAUCGAAGCUAAUUAAAGUUUAUUCAAACUAUCCAGUUUUAGAUCACUUUCCCUUAUCACACUUAAAUAUUUCACAACAGGUUUUAUACUCAGUAUACAGAACGUGUCACUGACAUCAAAUUUUAAAUGAGCAUUUAUUUCUAUAAAACAUUAACUCUUUCGGUUUCACCAUUUAAAGACUUUAAGGGCAGUCUGAUACAGAGAGCUGCUACAGUAACAGGUUGAACCAGGUUUGAAUACACUGUUCUGUAUUUCUUAUCUUUCUCUCUCCCUUUAUAUACAUAACCUCUCUCAUUCAAACCUUGUUCAACCUGUUCAACUCUCUCUCUCUCUCUCUCUCUCUCUCUCUCUGUAUGUGUGUGUAUACAGACAGACAGACAGACAGACAGAUAGAUGGAUUUUUAUCUUUGUAUAAAAUAUACAGAUACUGUAACAGAUUUAUAAUGUACCCAAGUAAAUGUAUUCGUGUUUUUUUUUUCUUUUCUUGUUUUUUUUUUCUGAAAUGAAUCAUUAUUUAUUUGAAAAAAACUGUUCGAACUCAUGAUUGCGGAAGUAUUUGAUAGUUACAUCAUCCCGUUAAGAGAUUGGAAAUGAUUAAUACAGAGAUAUCAGAUCACUGCAGAGUAUCAAUCCACCAUGUUGAAACCUAACGAUACUGCUUAAGUACAUCUUGUUUUCAGAUGUGCAUUAGUAUGUGCAUAUUCAUCCAUGUUGUUGUGCAUCAGAAUGCGUGUGUGUGCGUGUGUGUCCUUGGCCCUCGCAUGUGUGCACAGAUGUAUGGCAUCUGGGCCAGGUGUUAGUGGGCCCCAGAGACACAUAAUCCCCCUGAUGACUGGCCUGCUUUCUCCGCAGCAGUAAACUGCACCCUAUGGAUAUAACGUUGCCAGCAUUGUGGGAUUAUGUUGUUAGAUUAGAGUGAACGAGCAGCAGCCGAGGGAGAGGUUAUGCAGUUGUCUUUUAACACAGCUCCGAGGUGGAGAUGCUUGGAUUAUGCUGUAUGAUAUGAUAGUGUUUAAGUCCCCAGAUGUAAAUGAUGUGAUUGAGCAGAAAUAGGUUAGAUCAGAUGUUUGAUCCUUUUCAACCUUGAAGAUCCGUUUUAAAGCUUUGUAUCAAUUAAAUACUUUUACAAGCAGUAUCAUGUUUAAAUACUACAUACAGUUGGGAGCUCUACAUGGAGAAAUACUUGACUCAUCUCAUACUGGUGUCUUUGACAACCCUUAUAUCCGCCUCUGUCUGAAAAACUUUAUUUCAGCGGCUGUUUCUGUAGGGCUCCCCUUCGCAUUCUAGAAACCUCCUUCACUGUUACCAUGUGACAAGGGUGUAUUUUUCUUCCUAAAAUGACAGAUUUGCUUAUUUAAGGACGUUUACCGACAGGUGAUGUCAAGAUUUCAAAUCUUGAGUUGAUCUCACUGACUUCUCAUUUGACUUUUUGAACAAACCAUUCAAAGCAGCAUGCAGUCUUAUCUGUGGAAUUACUCCAACAUUCCUCACAUUUACCUAACAUUUUGAAACUUUGCCCACUUGUAGAAUUAACAUCCAUUUUCACUCAAUAUUUGGUUUUAAAUAAGGAAAAAGCAAAUUGAAGAUAAAAGUCAUGAAGGACCAAAUAAAGACUCUUGUGAGCUUUGAGCUGCCAUUGGGCGAGUUUUCAAGAAUACAUUGGCAAGAAAAGUGUCUUUUCACAUUUUCGCACUGAGUGAUUCAUGGCACACCAGGUUGCACCGUCUGUAGCUCAUUAUCCAAGGGGUAUACAUGUUUUUACAAAGAACAACCGUAAUGAUAUACAAUCCAAAUCGUCUGAGCUGCAAAUCAGAUGACAGCGGGUCUGCAGGACGCAUUCGAGUAUGUGCUUCCUGUUUUUAAUCAGCUUUAGCCCCAGAUUUCGGCAUCUUUCAACACUCUGAAUAUCUAGGCUACAGCCGGCAUGAAUAUUCAUGAGUCACUGAUUCUUCCACAACAACUGCUGCUGCUCGUCCAGUCAUUUCCAUAAAGUGCCUCAAAUGAUUGUUCAGUGUAAGGAGAAGUGAAAAGAGCAUUUAUCAGAGGCAGAAUCCACUGCAGAAGGUAUAAAAUGUGCAAAAACAAAACAAACCACUUGUUCAUGGAUUACAGAACUGGCACAAAUAAAAUAACAAACAACAAAUACAAACAGAAAGUGAGAAAACACUAUUAUCGAUAUGAAGUGAUAGAAAGGUAGAUAGAUAGAAAGAAAUAUAUAACUCCUAUCUGAUACAUACUGUAUGUAUCAGACAUAUUUGUAUUACUGUGGAUGACAUGCCCCUGUCUCCUCCCAUUUUGGAAAGUAAAGCCAAAACAUCACCUUGAUCAGCUGGUGAAAACAGGCUCAUCAAGGUAAUAAGGCAGGUUGCAAUAACAGCCUGGUGGAGCUGCAGGACUGACGUCACAUUUUUCUGUAUAUCUAUAUCUAUCAAAGGUCCUUCAGGGCAGUUCAGCCCACAGCAGGAAAAAAAAUCGGUUUAAGGCGGACAGGCAGGGUUACAGAGAGUUCAGCUGCUUUUGUGUCAGUGUUUGUUACGUUUUUGCCUGCUGUUCCUCCUCUGCCGUGCUAAUCUGCUAAAGAGCCCUGCAGGAGCCACAUUUGUCAGCAGAGCUGCCAAUCAUGAUGUUACUUCCCUGUCUUUAAACAUCAAAUAUCUAAUUAAAACCAAAGUUACACACGGAUCAUCGUGAUGAGAACCAAUCGCCAUUGCAGAAAUCAUUGCUGGGAUAAAUCUUUUGAGUAUAACUGAGAAGAUUUGGUUGUCUAUCUUCUAACUGCACUAAGUUCGGUAAUAUCACAGAUAAAACGUGUUAGCCCACGUGUUUCAAAAAUUUACUUUUGAAGCCAUUUGUUUAUUCUUGUUAAAACAUUCAAAAUAAUGGACCUCAGAUUUAUUGGCCGUGUAGCACUUCUCAAAAGCAGCUUGUCCAAAAAUGGGGUCACUAACACAUUUUGUGCCUGAUCAAGAAUAUAAUGGUUUCUACUAGCACCCUUGCAUGAUUGGUGCACUCCAGUUGUAUGUUUUUGAAUUUGCAUUGAUCAGCAUGUUUGCUGUUAAUGCAGUUGUUGUGGCUUUUUGCAACAUGUUUUUUUCACUUGCAGUGUGUUUCCACUGUUGUGUUUGUGUUAAACUUUUGCUCCUGUGUCUAAAUUUGUAUUGUUUGAAUAUAUGAAGCUUUUUUUUCUUAAUGAAGAUUGUUCGGGCUCUUGUAGACCUCUGACCUUGUUGACUACCACACUAUGGGCAUGAAAACAUGCAAUAUCAAGAGGUUGUGUACAUUAGUAAAAGCUCCUGUGAGGAGUUGUCCAAUAUUUAUGAAACAGAUUGAAAUUAAAUCAAUGUCUUUUAUGAUGUACAAAUGCAAACAAGACCAUCACAGACAAGGUGACUUUUAUGCUGCUAUUCUUGAUGCAUGAAACCAAUGUUAGAGGGUAGGCAUCAGUGGCGCCGCUGAAAAAUAUCCCUGUUUUUAUAUCCUUGUUUUUAUAUUUUCAACAUUAAAUCUUCACAUUUAAAAAAAGAUAAGUUUGACCGAUAAAAGCCAGAAGAACUACUUUGGAAUUUAAGACAGAUAGGCAAAGACUGCUUUGUCCAUGAGGGGCGCCAAAACUGACAGAAACCGAAAGAUUCUCACAGGAGUUCACAGGUGAGGAGUUCAAGGCUCUCAUCUCCCAAAACUGACAGUAACUUGAACUUAGAGUAGGUAACAUUAAAUUAAAUCAAUGAAUAAAUUAAAGAGUUUUUCCACCUCCCUCUGUGUAUAAAUUGGGAGGGGGUGGGGUUAAAUUAAGGGUCAGCAAAAAAGUUAAGUUUGAUUUCAAUUUUAAAACUUAGUUAAAAGGUGUGGUGUACCUGCCAAAAAUUGCUAAACCUAGUUAAGCCUCUGCUGAAAACAGUAGUCUGUUGUGGCGCCUCAUGUUUUCCUGCAAUCUGAUGGGCUCCUAUGCUUCCUUACAGCCUCCCCCACUUGUUGCCAGACUACAUCCAGGAGCAGUAUAACCCUCCACCCUUCAACUAUGCAGACCCCGCCCUCCACUAUAUAACCCACUGCAGCCCACGGAUCAUAGACAACAUCACACCAAGGCAACGUAACAGAUAG